CGGAGUCUCUUUCUUGUCUGCGACGCAGUCUGAAAGAGCGGUGUCCGUCCCCUCGUCGUUCAAGCCCGGCGCGACAAUACUUCCGAAUCUCCUCCAGCACCCUUUUGACUGACCCUUUCUCUUGAUUUCCCUUCCUGGUUUUGGCAUCAUGACCUACAACUUCAACGCCGCUGGGGGGGAAGCCGCACUGUUGGAGCAACUGGUCUUUGAUCCGCGCGACCGCUACUCGUAUCCCGCUGUCUCCUCGGCCGCCCCGUCUCAGGACCUGACCACCAUGUCCCAGGCGAGCCGUCAAAGCCUGAGCCCGGUGACGACCUGGUUGCCUCUUGAGCUGGCCGGAACUGUGAGCGCGCCCAUGUCGGUUCACUCGCCCAACUCGGCCAGCGUGACGCCCUCGUCACCAGAUGACCAGAGCGCCCACUCGCCGAGCCAUCAGACAAGCGCCAUGUCGAGCCCUUUGCAGCAACAGCCGUCCCCUUACCAGCCCGCUGCUCACCCGAAUACCACUGGCCUCAUCCCCGACUGGUCUCUUCCUCUGCAGGCCCAGCAGCAACCGGCCGCUGAUCUCUCGCACUUCAUCCAGGAUCCCGCCCUCAUCAGCUUCAACCCGUAUGCCUCCAACUUUCAGCCGGCCCCGAUUGAUUAUCUCCCAGCGACGACGACCCAGGCCCCGCUUGAAGCUGGCCUCCAACUGGAGCCAGCGUUCACCACCAUGUCUCCAAUCGAUGCCACUUCGCGGGUGAUGCAGUGGGGGGCGGGAAUGGCCAACUGGCAGGAUUUUGAGCCUACGGUCGACUUCCAGGCUGAUGGUUUGGCCCGUGUGAGGAGCCUGGGGAGCCAUUCCCCAACCGGCACCUACCUUGAGGUUCUGUCGCUGGGCUCGAGCAGCGACAAUGGCUGGACGACGGUCGACAUGUACCCAAGCUGCAGCAGUUUCGCCCAGACUCAGCAUUCCCAGAACCAGGCAAUUUUCAACCCGGGCCAGACGCUCCACCUGAGGAAUAACUCGGACUCGACCGCGUCCGAUGCCAACUCCUUGGAGUUUGGCAGCUACGAGGAGGUCACCUUCCCCUAUUCGCCCUUCUCGCCAGCCUCUGACAGCUUUGUGGACCCGGCGAGCAACCAUCGCAACUGCUUGCCUGGAGAGCACCAUCACCACAAGCCGUCAACAUCGUCUGAGCUCAUCAGCCCUUCUGCGGCCGUCUCACCCUUGCCCAUCAAGACAGUGUCCACCUCCAGGCCCGUCAUUGCCAGCGGUUUCAGUGGUUCUGGCUCAACUUCACCACCAGCACGGCGGAACUCGGCAGGAACCAGGAAGAGCCCGAUCGCCAAGGCAACGAAGCCCGUUAUCCGGAGGACGUCGUCGGGGAAGAAGGACGGGACGGGUGAGAAGAAAGUGGGCAGGAGACGUGGCCCAUUGCUUCCGGAGCAGCGCAAGCAGGCCAGCGAGAUUCGGAAACUCAGAGCGUGUCUGCGGUGCAAGUUUCUCAAGAAGACGUGCGACAAGGGCGAGCCGUGCGCAGGCUGCCAGCCUUCGCAUGCUCGCCUGUGGCAGGUUCCCUGCACUCGUAUCGAUAUCAAGGACAUUGGCUACUUCAUGAAGGACUGGAAGGCCGACUACGAGCGGCACCUUGGCCGCGGCAUGUCCGUCUUCAAUGUCAAGGGCUUCGCGCAGAAGGAGACGCUCAUGUGGAUUACGCACGGUUACGGCUUCUGCCUCCCAGUCAUGGUUCGCGAGGUAUUUGUGGCUGAUGACAGCUGCUUCCAAGUCGAUUGGGUCGAGUCGAGCUUGCAGGAUCAGGAUCCCAUUGAUUUUGAGAGCCGUACAGAGCGCCUCGAUGUGGGCCAGGAAGGCAUCUCCAUGGAGGCUCUCAACGAGUAUCUCGACAAGCAUAUCGAUGAGGGCUUUGAGCAAUUCAUCGAUGACCAUUUCGAGGGGACGCCAUUCAUCACCGAGAUUUUCAAGACGGCGUAUCGCUUCUAUACCAAGGAGAGGCUACCAGUCAUCCGCAAAGCCCUCAAGCUUGUCGUGGCCUACAACCUCACCCUGCACAUCACCCUGGUCGAGCAGCCGCCAUCAGAAGAGCCGAUGGAGGGCCAUGUCGACGACGAGGACUCCAAGUACUACGGCAAGGUGGUCGCCCCGGUUAUGAUUAACUUCCAGAUUAAGUGCGCCAUGGCCGACAUCUGGCGUGAGCUGCAAAAGGACAUCUUGGAGGAGCUCUCGGCUCUCUAUUCGAGCGUCUACAGCGGAGAGCGCCUCAAGAACUGGCCCACUAUUUUCAUGCUCGCUUCCAUCCUACUGGCCGUUUGGGAGGAGAUCCAGUUCGACUGCCACUACCGCGUCCCGGACCCGGUCGCCGUAGAGAAGUUUUGCAGCGACAUGGAGACGGUGCCGGUCGGUGUCAUUGUCGGUCUCUUCCAUGCCAUUUCGCAGAAGCUGCCGGCGUUCACCGAAUGGGAUACCCGUAGGCACGGCCAGCUCCUCAACAAUAACACUGCUGUCUGCGAGGCUAUGACCGAAGUACGGCAACAUGUCAUCAAGCAUGAGGCGUAUCUGAGGACGCGUGCCGACUCCAAGUUUGACCGAUAUGACUUCGACUCGUUAUCAAACAAGCUUCUCUCGAAGCUGGUCAUCCGGUCCAAUUAGGUUCCGCCUCUGUUUCUUCGACAUGCUGUUCCGUUACGAUACCCCGUUGUCGUCGAUGGUUAUAAACCGUCCAUUCAACCUGCGAGGGUAAUGAUUUCUGUUGUUCUUUUACCCCCUUUCAUAUGUCUUUCAUCUCUGUUUUGCUGCUGAGCGACGGCGUUGUGUUUGUAUGCCAUGU